UUUACCGAUAUAUUAUUUCGAAUUUUAAAAAUUGUAAAGUCAUUAACAAACGAUGACACGCCACAUGCUGAUAUUUUUUUCGCUCUUGAUAGUACAAAACGUUCCGACAAAAGCUUCUCUUUACCAUGACCAAUCGUCUGAGAAAAGUGGUCGUAUAAUAGGUGGUAUUGAUGCCCAUAUUGCUGUAUUCCCUUUCAUUGCGGCUGUUAACGUUCAAACGUCAAACAGCAGAUUUUUUUGUGGAGGAACUCUUUACUUGUCUGAGUGGGUCAUCACAGCUGGUCAAUGUGUCGACGGGGCUGUGUUAUUUACAAUAAGUUUUGGUGCAGAUACUUUGGAAAAUGAAGAUGACAGUCGAGUGACAGUAGCUACAUCAACGUACUUUCUGCACCCAGAUUACAAUCCACAAACUUUGGAAAAUGAUAUUGGUAUCAUCAGACUACGUAUGCCUAUAACACACACUAAUUACAUAAAAGCGAUUGAAACCCUAGCAACUACAGAUCUUACGAUUGGUAAUCAAUUAUUCACCCUUGGGUGGGGUCAAACCAGUGACAGCGAUCCUUCUCUUGCCGCACGUAUUCAGGUGCUUUACGCAGUUGCUAUAACUAAUGAAGAAUGCAGACAGGUUUACGGAUUUCAAAUUACCGACGAAAUGGUCUGCAUUGUUGGGAGUUAUAAUAAUGGAAUUUGUUAUGGCGAUACUGGUGGUCCUUUAGUCGAAGUUUUGAGAUUAGGAACUCGAAGGCUUGCUGGUAUAGCAAGUUUCAUCAGUUCAAAUGGAUGUGAAAGUACCGACCCAUCUAGGUUUACUAGAAUUACUCCGUAUGUUAGUUGGAUUACAAACGUCACCAGAGGAUAAAUUAUUUCGUAAUAUAUAUUUAUGUAUAUAAAUUUUUAUCAGAUAAAAUUUUCCCAAUAA